GUCGCGGAACCGAAAAAGAACAAGAUGCACCCGGACGGCCUCCGAGCGGGCCAUCGGCUGACAGCCUUCGGUGUUAAGGACGAGCUGGCCGCAGAGAUUCAAGCUCUGCCAGAGGUGGUGCGUCCUUUCCCUGAGGAGCAACCCAGGCCUGGAGAGUUCACCUGGUAUUUGCUGGACCAAAUGGCUUCGUUCGCUCUGCAACUCAAUCCCAAAGCUCUCGUGCGAGUGCAGUACUUCACCAGAGAUGGCUACUGGGCACAUCUAGAGUCGAC